CUUUCUCACGCGGGGCCCCGGCUCUAAGUAAAGAACGUUACGCACUUUCGUAGCCCGCCUGCUACUGCGCGGGGCGGUGUUUCGCCAAGCGCGCUUAGGGCGUAGUUUGGUUCCGUGAAUAGGCGUAGGUGUUUCGGAGGGCCGCAGUUUGCGCAGCGCCGGGCCGCCCGUAACGUAAGCGGAGCGGGCCGGGGCGACGGCGGCCAUUUUGUGCCGGGAGCGCGGAGGAAGAAGACGCUGGUGUCUCCACACUACCCGGGCCCUGGAGCCGACCGAGAGCCCCGCCGUUCCGGCCGCUGACGCCCAGCGGGUCUCGGACCCACUGAGCACCUCUUCUCCUUUUGUGUCCCAGCAAAGAGGCGAGGUGGCGCAAAGCGAGGCCUCCGAGGCGCAGCCGCCCCUGGCUGGACCCUCUCCCCGUACCCCCAGUCCCUCGCCGUCCCCACGGCCGGCGUUCCGCUGCCUCUCACCCACCCCUCCGGGGGCGAUGAGAGGCUUCGGGGACCGGGGCCGCGACCGAGACCGCGGCGGGUUUGGAGCAAGUCGUGGAGGUCCUCUUCCUCCAAAGAAAUUUGGUAAUCCAGGGGAACGUUUACGUAAGAAAAAAUGGGAUUUGAAUGAACUGCCCAAGUUUGAGAAGAACUUUUAUGUGGAACAUCCGGAAGUGGCCAGGCUUACUCCAUAUGAAGUUGAAGAAUUGCGAAGGAAGAAGGAGAUAACAAUUCGGGGAAUGGAGGGCUGCCCCAAGCCGGUGUUUGCCUUCCACCAGUGUAGCUUUCCACAGUAUGUGAUGGAUGCCUUGAUGGACCAGAACUUUACAGAACCCACUCCGAUUCAGUGCCAAGGCUUUCCACUAGCCCUCAGUGGUCGUGACAUGGUGGGCAUUGCACAGACCGGCUCUGGGAAGACACUAGCAUACUUGUUGCCUGCAAUUGUUCACAUCAACCACCAGCCAUACUUGGAGAGAGGAGAUGGCCCAAUUUGUCUGGUUCUGGCACCUACUAGAGAGUUGGCCCAGCAAGUGCAGCAGGUGGCUGAUGAUUAUGGCAAAUGUUCAAGACUGAAGAGUACCUGCAUAUAUGGAGGAGCACCCAAAGGUCCCCAGAUCAGAGAUUUAGAAAGAGGUGUGGAGAUCUGCAUUGCUACACCAGGUCGCUUGAUUGACUUCCUUGAGGCUGGAAAGACCAACCUUCGUCGCUGUACAUACCUGGUGCUGGAUGAAGCUGACAGAAUGUUGGACAUGGGAUUUGAACCACAAAUUCGUAAAAUUGUUGACCAGAUAAGGCCUGACCGCCAGACUCUGAUGUGGAGUGCCACCUGGCCAAAAGAAGUGCGCCAGCUUGCUGAGGACUUCCUGCAGGACUAUGUUCAGAUCAAUGUGGGAAACCUGGAGUUAAGUGCCAACCACAAUAUCCUGCAGAUAGUGGAUGUUUGCAUGGAAAGCGAGAAAGACCAUAAACUCAUACAGCUGAUGGAAGAAAUCAUGGCAGAGAAGGAAAAUAAGACUAUCAUCUUUGUGGAGACAAAGAGGCGAUGUGAUGAUCUCACUCGAAGGAUGCGCAGAGAUGGUUGGCCAGCUAUGUGUAUCCAUGGAGACAAGAGUCAGCCAGAAAGAGAUUGGGUGCUUAAUGAGUUUCGUUCUGGAAAGGCUCCUAUCCUCAUUGCUACCGACGUUGCAUCUCGUGGGCUAGACGUGGAAGAUGUUAAAUUUGUGAUAAACUACGACUAUCCGAACAGCUCCGAAGAUUAUGUGCACCGUAUUGGCCGUACCGCACGUAGUACCAACAAAGGUACUGCCUACACCUUCUUCACACCAGGAAACCUGAAACAAGCCAGGGAGCUUAUCAAAGUCUUGGAAGAAGCCAAUCAAGCCAUCAAUCCAAAGCUGAUGCAGCUUGUGGACCACAGAGGAGGAGGAGGUGGUGGUGGAGGAGGUCGUUCUCGUUACCGAACGAGCAGUUCAGUAAACAACCCUAACCUGAUGUACCAGGAAGAGUGUGACAGGAGGCUCCGGGGAGUGAAAGAGGGCCGGAGAGACUCAGGUGGCUUCAGAGACCGUGAGCGUGGUGAAAGUUAUGCCAACGGAGCCAACAAGACCUAUGGCAGUGCCUACGGGAGCCCAAAUUCUGCUUUUGGGGCAGCACAGAGCCAGUAUGGUUACACUCAAGGGAGCUAUGGAGCAGCUGCCUAUGGCACGAGUGGCUAUGGCACUGCAGAGUACAGUGCUAGUGGCUAUGGUGCCAGCACCACAGCUGCCACAGCUGGGAGAACCUCACAGAGCACUACCCAACAGCAGUAUGCAGGGAUGGUGGGGCGCUCGGGCCAGCAGCCACAGCCGCUCAUGUCACAACAGUUUCCGCAGCCCCCUGCCACUAAUGUGAUGGGCUAUAUGGGACAGACUGCCACCUACCAGUACCCGCCCCCUCCCCCGCCCCCGCCCCCCUCCCGCAAAUGAGCCCACUUGCUGGUGACCAGUGUAGACCUUGCAUUUAAAGGAACCUUUUCUUUCUCUUCUUUCCCAUUGUGAUGUCUCACAUGCAGGUUAGACUUAGAGUUCACUAUCCAAAUCCCUUGAGCCCAUUAAAAAUGGCUCCCAGUCCACAUUAAUGACCCUAUCCUCUUUUUUUCUUUUUUCUUUUUUUUUAAAGAUAUAUGUAUAGUUGACUGGAAAAUUUAUUAUUUUUGUCUUGCAUGUUGAGGAAUUUGGAAGUAUUAUUUUUUCUAAAAGAAAAGGGUAUAAGGCAGAUAGGUCCCAGCUGGAUCAUCUUGGUGUCUAAGGUUUGUGUGAAAAUUUGCUUUUGAGGGAAAGAAGUUACUAUUCUGUAACACGUUAACUUAAUUUCAGGAAGUGUAAAGAGAGAUGGGAAACUCUGGGAGAGCCAAAUAGCACUUCACUUAAAAUAUAAAUGCAAGGGAGCAAUUCUCACUUCUCCUAAUCUUAAUUUUUUUUUUUUUUGAUAGCUCACUAUUACUGCUCGUAAUCUUACUGUAGGUGACUUUCUGUAGGAAAACUCUGUUCAUUUGUCUGAGCCGGGUGGUGUUCAGAGCAAAGCCUUGGAUAUAUUGUUGGUGAUUUCUGAAGUUGUGGAAGCCCCAUUUUCUGUUAUCUGUAACAGCUUGCAGUAGGGAGCUUGGGUUUAAAAACCCCGUGUUAGAGACCAAACCUCUCUUGCAUUCACUACCUGAAAUCCAGAUAGUUGCUGUUGGUACCACUGCUGAAAUAUUCAGCAAGUUCUUUCCUUAUGAUUGUUAAAUUGCAGCAUCGCAAAUGCGUGGAGCCUGAUUAUCAUUAAAUUGGUUACUGCUCUCAAAUUCGUUUGGUUUAUUGAAAGAAGUCUUCCUUGACAGCCCAGAAAUUACGUAGAACUGAAAUGAUGAACAGCGAUAUCUUGUUUGUCUGUCCUUCACAAACAAACCCCCUUUUGCCUUGGGGAGUGUUCUGAAUGCCGCUUAGCUCGAUAAAAUGUGACAGAGUUUUCCACACUUAAAUUUAAAGGUUUGAAUAGGGUGGGCUGUGGGGAGGGCAGGGGGGAGGAAGGCAGGAGGAGAUUGCCUGGGGUCUCCUUUUCAUGAGGUAAGCGGUGAGCUGGUUAGUGUAUCUUGAUUCUGAAGCUUUGUUUCUUCUGUACCUUGCACUGACUAUUGCUUUCUCUGGCUUUUGAGUGCAUUUCCCUGCUCCAUUGGUCCCUUUGAGCUGAGCUCUUGCAGGUAGGUAGUAUUUUAGAAAACGUUAGAGAAGAGUGAAAUUUUAGUACAUACGUAAAUAAAACUUGUUUAUUUUACAGGCUAAGGUGGGUGUGAGGGGGGUUUCCCCCUUUAGUAAAGCAUGUUGUUGACUUGUUAUUUCUAAUACCAGACGGUUCAGAGACAGUAGAUGAUAACAGGAGUUGGCUGCUCUUGGUCUGAUAAGAUGACAAAAGGAUGGAUACAUCUCCUGGUUUGAGGCACACUCUUUGCAUUAGGAGAGUGCAGGGGGGUUGGUGUUUUUUUUCUGUUGGCGUUCUUGCAUAUGGAUGAACAAGGCAGCCCACUCCUUCUGUAGCAGAGUGGAACUUCAUAUAGCCCUGGAAAAGAGCUUGCUUUUACAGAAAUUAUUUCUUUUAAAAUUUAAUUUCUUCCCAGAGUAAAAUUUUGGGGGAUGGAUGUGCUUUUUUCUUUCUUUCUUUCUUUUUUUUUUUUUUUCUUGUGCAGUUCACAGGUAGGUUGCUGACAGGAAGAAGGGAGAUUCCUUCCAGAACCUCAGUUCCCUGGUUCCAUUUUAUAUUUCCAGUGCAUGGGCAGGAAGUUCCUUUGCUUGUGUUAAGAGAAAGCCAGAAGCAUUUUCUUUAUCCAGGCACUGACUGAUAGGUCUUUGACCUCCCUCGCAAGCAAAUGUAGAGCUUUUUUUUUUGUUUUAAAUUUGAGAGUAGAAUGCAGAAAUGCUUUUGAGGGGUGUAGGAGUAGGACAUCUUACUGACUGUCUUUAAAAAGGGUCUCUGGACUGCCAAAGCUGCCUUGCAGUCUCUUACAGCUUUCACUUUUGGAGGCGACUUGGGUAUGUUUAAACAUCAAUGCCAGGUCCUGCAGUGCUUUAUUGUCAUUGAGGUCAGCUGAAGUCCAGGGUCUCAGUUCAGUUCAGAGCAUCAACCAGACCACUGAAUGCACCGUGGCAUGUGCUGCCCCUGUCCCACCUGGUGCUCUCUGCUCUGCUCCAUGUACCAGCUGGAGGGCCCUUGUUGAUAAAGCAUUAGCCUCUAGUGUUGUUUGCGUUGUUUUCAAUCUGUAAAAAGUUUGUGGGAGUGUCAGAUAUCUGAGCUGGGUGUCUCCUCCCCUCCCGCUUCCUGAAGCAAUUUACUGUUUGGAUUUCUCUGAACAAUUGAAGGGUUACUAGCUUUGUGUGGGAUCAGCAUCUUGUUUCACACACCUGCUGGUCUCUGAACACAUUCCUGUUGUAUUAACGAAGACUUGAAUUGAGAGAUUCAUAGAUCUGUGGUGUUCAGGCACAGGAUACUAAGAGCUAUGUUACUAUUCUUAGUUUGUAAAUUGUCCUUUUGAUACCAUCUUGUUUUCUUUUGUAGGUAUAAAAUAAAAACACUGUUGUCAAUAAA